UUCGCUUAUGGUGUUGAUGUAUUUAUAUGGUUUCUUUCCUGACCUUUGUCACGUCGUAAAGUUACAUCUGUCUUUUUACUUCAAUUCCCCUUUAUAAACCUUACCGUACAUGUUAUGAGACGGAGAAACACGCAGACGCUUCGAGAGAACAGUGACUAACUAGAUAGGGUUACGUGAUUGUAAACGUUGGAGUUGCUUUUGGUACUUGUUUACUGUUGAAAAGUUUAUAACGCCUCAAUACAAGUUGAUGUUCAAAUAACCGACUCAUACUCAACAAGACAACGUCAGUACCAGAAGACAGAAGCAAGAAACUUCUCCCAAAUACAGCGCACAUUCCGAGAGUAGGAUACAGCGCGUAGGACAGCCGCGACUCGCAACAAGGUGUUUAACUGGCGCACCUCGUCUAGAUAAUCGAACUGAACUGACUAAGGCACGUCGAGACGCGGGCGCCCCUACAAACUGACUACCAACUUAUAGCAAAAGUAUUACAAUUUGAACUUCAUCAACAAACAUGUCGGCACGAUACACGGUCAACGAACAGGAACCAGAUGUACAAGUUCUGGUUCCUAAAAAAGAAAAGAAACCCAAAAGAAACAUGGACGAUUUAAAGAAAGAAUUGGCGCUUGACGAACAUAAAAUAAGCCUGGAAGAACUUUGUGAAAGAGUCAAAACAGACCCAGUGAAUGGCUUAACUUCAUCUCAAGCUGCUGAGUUUCUUGAAAGAGACGGACCAAAUGCCCUCACACCUCCCAAGACAACCCCAGAGUGGAUUAAGUUCUGUAAGAAUUUGUUCGGAGGUUUCUCUACUUUGUUGUGGACGGGAGCCAUCUUGUGUUUCAUUGCUUAUGGUAUUGAUGCUGCUACUAUUAAGAACAGGGAGAACUUGUCGGCUGAUUAUCUCUAUCUUGGCUUUGUGUUAGUUGCUGUAGUUGUCCUGACUGGGAUCUUUCAAUAUUAUCAAGAAUCCAAAAGUUCAAAGAUUAUGGAUUCAUUCAAGAACAUGGUGCCUGCUCAAGCAAUUGUUAUACGAGAUGGAGAGAAAUGUCAGAUUCUCGCUGAGAAGAUUGUUAUCGGUGAUGUGGUGAUUGUGAAGGGUGGAGAUAAAAUACCUGCAGAUCUCAGGAUAUAUAGUUGUCAGAAUAUGAAGGUUGAUAAUUCAUCUUUAACUGGCGAAGCUGAACCUCAAAGUCGUGGAAUUGAAUGCACGCACGAAAACCCGGUGGAAACCAAGAAUAUUGCUUUCUUCUCAACCAACUGUGUUGAAGGUUCUGGCCAAGGUAUUGUCAUCAAAUGUGGAGACAACACUGUAAUGGGAAGAAUUGCCACCCUUGCCUCGGGUCUCUCAUCAGGGGAAACACCAAUUGCUCGUGAAAUUGCUCAUUUCAUUCACAUAAUCACAGGAGUGGCGGUUUUCCUUGGUGUGUUGUUUCUUAUCAUCUCACUGGCUCUCGGAUAUAGAUGGAUCUUAGCUGUUGUUUACUUGAUUGGAAUUAUUGUGGCAAAUGUUCCUGAAGGAUUGCUUGCAACAGUGACUGUGUGUUUGACUUUGACUGCAAAGCGUAUGGCUCGUAAGAACUGCUUGGUGAAGAACCUGGAAGCCGUAGAAACUCUUGGAUCAACAUCAACAAUCUGUUCCGAUAAAACUGGAACUUUGACGCAGAACAGAAUGACUGUCGCACAUAUGUGGUUUGAUAAUCAGAUCGUGGAAGCUGAUACAACAGAAGAUCAAUCUGGUGAAUGUGGAGACAUGAAGUCAGAAACUUGGGUUGCUUUAUCUAGAAUUGCAUUGUUAUGUAACAGAGCUUCAUUCUUACAAGGGCAGGAGAAUGUUCCAAUAUUGAAAAGAGAAACAGCUGGUGAUGCAUCAGAGUCAGCGUUGUUGAAAUGCGUUGAAUUAUCGUUGGGAGAUGUUGAAGGAAGGAGAUUGAAGAAUACAAAAGUUGCUGAAAUACCAUUUAAUUCAACAAAUAAAUACCAGGUUUCGAUCCACGAGACAGAAGAUCCAAAUGAUAAACGUUACUUGCUGGUGAUGAAGGGAGCUCCGGAACGAAUCCUGGAUCGUUGCAACCGCAUCAUGAACAAAGGAGCUGCAGAAACAAUGACUCAGGAAUGGAAAGAUGAUUUUGAAUCUGCUUACAUGGAGCUUGGUGGAUUAGGGGAGCGUGUACUUGGUUUCUGCCAUGAAUAUCUUCCUGUGGACCAAUUUCCACCUGGUUUUCAAUUCGAUUCGGAAGAUGUUAAUUUUCCUCUUGAAAACCUAACAUUUGUGGGGUUAAUGUCCAUGAUUGAUCCACCUCGAGCUGCCGUACCUGAUGCUGUUGGGAAAUGUAGAAGUGCAGGAAUCAAGGUUAUCAUGGUAACAGGAGAUCAUCCAAUCACAGCGAAGGCGAUUGCUAAAGGUGUCGGUAUUAUAUCGGAGGGUAACGAGACAGUAGAAGAUAUGGCUAAUAGACUCAAUAUUCCAUUAAGUGAAAUUAACCCAAGAGAUGCCAAAGCUUGUGUGAUCCACGGUUCAAAGCUAACCGACAUCACAAACGAACAGCUCGACGACAUCCUUAAGAACCACACGGAGAUCGUAUUUGCACGGACCUCACCUCAACAGAAACUUAUCAUUGUGGAAGGAUGUCAACGAUUGGGAGCCAUAGUAGCUGUCACGGGAGACGGAGUGAACGACUCGCCUGCUUUAAAACAAGCAGACAUUGGUGUUGCCAUGGGGAUAUCUGGCAGUGAUGUCUCAAAACAAGCAGCCGACAUGAUAUUGCUGGAUGAUAACUUUGCUUCCAUUGUAACUGGUGUUGAGGAAGGUCGUUUGAUCUUUGAUAACUUGAAGAAGUCGAUUGCUUACACUCUCACAUCCAACAUCCCUGAGAUCACUCCCUUCCUCCUUUUUAUCAUGAUUGGAAUUCCUCUUCCACUUGGAACCGUCACCAUCCUCUUUAUUGAUCUUGGAACAGACAUGUUACCUGCGAUCUCAUUGGCUUACGAACAAGCGGAGAGUGACAUCAUGAAACGUCAACCUCGUGAUCCCAUGAAAGAUCGUCUCGUGAAUGAACGUCUCAUCUCGUUGGCUUAUGGACAAAUUGGUAUGUUACAAGCACUGGCAGGUUUCUUCAGUUACUUUGUAGUGAUGAUGCAUAACGGGUUUCUUCCAUUACGUUUGAUCAACAUUCGGGCAGAUUGGGACGACAGGAGUUUGAAUAAUGUGCUUGACUCGUAUGGACAAGAAUGGACAUAUGAGAGCCGAAAGGCUUUAGAAUACACAACAAACACUGCAUUCUUUCUUUCCAUUGUGAUCGUACAAUGGGCUGAUUUGAUCAUCAGUAAAACAAGAAGAUUGUCCAUUCUACAGCAAGGAAUGAGGAACAAAGUUCUUAUCAUCGGAUUGUUUGAAGAGACGAUUCUUGCAACGUUUUUAGCGUUUUGUCCAGAGUUGGACGUCGCACUUAAGAUGUAUCCAUUAGAAUGGCCGUGGUGGUUCCUGCCAAUGCCUUUUGCACUUAUCAUAUUUUUCUAUGAUGAAAUUAGAAGGCUAAUCAUCAGGAGGUACCCUGGAGGCUGGGUGGAACAAGAAACGUAUUAUUGA